AGACAUAAGUGAAGUAUGAAAUUUUGAAUAACGUUUUCAGGUAUUAAUUCUGACUUUUGAAGAUGGAUGAAGGUGUAGAAAUUUCAAGUGAUGGAAAUUCCCUCAUCAAAGCAGUCCAUCAGAGCCGGCUUCGCCUCACAAGACUCUUGCUAGAAGGUGGUGCCUACAUUAAUGAGAGCAAUGACCGUGGGGAAACCCCUUUAAUGAUCGCUUGUAAGACCAAACAUGUUGAUCACCAGAGUGUCAGUAAAGCCAAAAUGGUUAAAUACCUGUUAGAAAACAACGCUGAUCCCAACAUACAGGACAAAUCUGGGAAAACUGCUCUGAUGCACGCUUGCUUAGAAAAAGCCGGUCCUGAAGUUGUUUCCUUGCUCCUAAACAGUGGAGCUGAUCUCAGCUUGCAAGACCAUUCUAGUUAUUCAGCCCUUGUUUAUGCUAUAAAUUCAGAGGAUAGUGAAACCCUGAAACUUCUACUUAGCGCUUGCAAGGCAAAAGGGAAAGAGGUCAUUAUCAUAACGACCGCGAAAUCACCCUCUGGUAGGCACACUACCAAACAGUACUUAAAUAUGCCUCCUGUAGAUAUAGAUGGGUGUCAUUCCCCAGCCUCCUGUGCCACUCCUUCAGAAAUAGACAUAAAAACAGCCUCAUUGCCACUUUCACAUUCUUCUGAAACUGAAAUGACACUUUUUGGCUUUAAAGGUCUAGAGCCCUCAGGAAGUAGUGAUGAUACACAGGACCCAGGCUCCCCUAUGAGGAAGCCUGCUAUGGCCUCUAAUGGGCCCAAGCUACCCCAGGCUCCAACCUGGAUCAAGAGUCCUCCCUUAUUAAUGCACCAAAACAGAGUGGCCUCCUUGCAAGAGGAGCUCCAGGAUAUUACUCCAGAGGAAGAAUUAUCCUACAAAACCAAUGGGCUGGCACUUUCCAAGCGAUUCAUCACUAGGCACCAAAGUAUUGAUGUAAAAGACACUGCACAUUUGCUAAGAGCCUUUGAUCAGUCCAGCUCAAGAAAGAUGUCAUACGAUGAAAUAAAUCAUCAGUCAUUUUUUUCAGAAGGAAGCCAGCAAUGCAUUGAAAUCCCUGCUGACCCAGAUCCAGACUCUAACCAGACAAUCUUUGCUUCCACCUUAAGAAGUAUAGUUCAAAAAAGAAACUCAGGGGCAAAUCACUAUAGCUCUGAUUCCCAGCUCUCGGCUGGUCUUACCCCUACAACUCUAGAAGAUGGCAAAGCACUUAUAGGAAAGAAAAAGAUCUUCUUGCCAUCUCCUUCCCUGUUGUCAGGGCCCAAAGAAUUGCUGGAGAAUAUCUCACCAGGUCCCUUGAGCAGGAGAAAUCAUGCACUUUUAGAAAGGCGUGGUUCAGGAGCUUUCUCUUUAGAUCACAAUAUUACUCAAGCCAGAUCAGGAUUUCUGCCACCCUUAAAUGUGAAUCCUCACCCCCCCAUCUCAGAUCUCAAUGUCAAUAACAAGAUUUCCAGCCUCCUUUCUUGUGGUCAAAAAGUGCUUAUGCCAACAGUUCCUAUGUUCCCUAAAGAAUUCAAAAGUAAAAAAAUGUUGUUAAGGAGACAAUCAUUGCAAACAGAACAAAUUAAGCAAUUAGUAAAUUUUUAAGAAAUGGCUAGAAAGCACAUUUGUUCAAAUGUCUACAUCAGAGAAAUAUAGAAACAGAGAAGAAAUCUCAAAUGUCAAUCCUUUUAAAUCUUGUAAUUGGUUAGUCCAUAAUUGUUAGGGGUAUCAAAAUAUACUGUGUAUCGUACUAGGCACUGUGGACAUACAAAUAACAUGUAGUUCCUACUAAGGAAAUUCAAACAAAAUUAAAGCUAUAUUUCUCAAAACUUCUAAUAUUUAACAACC